AUGGGGUAUAAGACAAAGAUGGCGAGCUUUGGUGAGAACAACGAAGUAAUUAUGCUACAGCUAUCAACUGAUGAAGUAGAACAUGUCCUUGUCACCUAUGAUAAGUCAACUUUCUAUUCAAAUAAUGGAAAAGAAGCUAUGUGGCUAGUGGAAGCUGAAAAUCCAAUUCGAAAGAAGGAUCUGGACAUAUCACAUGAUUAUUGGGAGGUAUUUCAUCCUGAAGCCAAUAGAGAUGGGUACUGGACUAGUGCUCAUAUGUUGAAGCAAUUGGAGAGUAACCCAAUUCCUCUAUUCAAAGUAAUUCACCCUGGAUGUAAGGCUGUCUUUGUAUUCAAUCAAAGUGACAAAGAGGUUGAAAAAGAUGAUCUUUGUACACUGAGGGAUACUACUUUUGUCCAGGAUGGUGAAAAACAAAGAUUGGACUAUAAAAAAGACGCUUCUGAAGAUAGCAAGUGCUGUGCACAUCAUUUUCUGGCUUCUCAGCCAGAUUUUAUGUCACAGAAAACUGCACUUCAUGAGGCUGUCAAAGUAUCUGGCCACAUAUUCGAGUUAUACCCUAAGUUCUAUUGCGAAUGCAAUUGGAUCGAGAGAUACUGGGGCACUGCCAAACGUGAAGCUCGGCUUCAGUGUGAUUAUAGAUAUAAGUCCCUGGAUAAAAAUAUCCAUUCUUUCCUUGAUUAUGCUGGAAAGCUUCAAAACAUCUAA